AUGUCUAGCUCUUUCGAAAAGUCCGUCAAGGGCGCAACCAAGAUCAAGAAUGCCCCUCCAAAGACAAAGUAUAUCGAGCACAUCCUCGUCGCUACCCAUUCCGGCGAAGCUGGCGUCGGCGAAGUCUUUCGCGCCCUCACAUACCGCCUCCGCGAUUCCACAUGGACCGUCGUCUUCAAGAGUCUGAUUACUGUGCAUCUCAUGAUCCGGGAGGGUUCACCAGACGUCACACUCGCCUUUCUCUCAACGCACCGCAACGUGUUGGCAACAAGCAGCUUCACAGAUGCCCAAACCCAAGGACGCAACAUUCGACACUAUGCCUAUUAUUUGUCCGAGCGAGCGCGCGCAUAUCGAGAUACCAAGACGGAUUGGGUCCGCGCCCCCGAGUCAAGACUGGAGAAGCUUUCAGUCGAAAAAGGUCUAUUACGAGAGACGGAAGUGGUGCAACACCAGCUCGAGGCCUUGUUGAAGUGCGAUGUCAUGGAAAACGAGCCCGAAAACGAAAUCACUAUAACCGUCUUCCGAUUGCUUGUCUUGGACUUGUUGGCGCUGUUCCAGGUUCUUAAUCAAGGGUUGAUUAGCAUUCUCGGCCACUUUUUCGAAAUGUCAAAGGUCGAUGCCGAGCGUGCCAUGGCGGUUUAUCGCAAGUUUACCAAGCAGACAGACUACGUGGUCCAGUACCUCAGCGUUGCCCGGCAGUACGAGCACCACACACGAGUCGAGGUUCCAAAGCUCAAGCACGCCCCUGUCAACCUGGGACGCCAGCUUGAGGAGUACCUGAAUGAUCCAGACUUUGAGGUCCACCGGAGGCAGUAUCUCGCUGAGCAGGAUGUCAAGAAGCACGGGGGUGGGAGCUCGAGCUCUAAGGGGGCGGGUCUCAGUAAGAAGAAGAGCCUCGACUUCCCCGAGCCAUCGUCGAACAACCCCUUUCCCAAGGUCAUCAAGGCUUCUUCGACUGGUGGCAAGCCUUCCGAGUCGAAACCUCAAGCCAACAAGGGCCCUGAUCCUGAUUUGAUCGACUUCUUCGACUCAAUCGAGCAGAACCAGACGCCGUUGGGUUUAACCACCAACCAAGCACAGCCCUUCCAACAGCAACCGACAGGCCUACAGUUCCAGCAGAAUGGCUUUGGUAGUCAACCUACAGGCUUUACAGCCAACAACAGCCCCUUCCAGCAGCCACAGCCUACAGGCGCGCUUGUGCAGCAACCUCAAAUCCUGCAACCCAGCUUUACCGGCGCCGGCUUCGGAGGGUUCACUUCACAACCUGGAUUCCAGCCGAGCUCUCUUGCACCAAUUCCCCAGGACUCUGUGGCCAACUUCCCUACUGCUGCUGCUCCAGCCGUUCAACAGCCAGUGCAAAACGGAGGACUCCAGCCAGUGCAGAAUGGAGGACUUCAACCAAUGGUAACAGGGCAACAGAGCACCAAUCCCUUCAGGCAGUCUAUGCUCCUGGCUCAACAAACAGGUGUUCAGGCGAACCAGAUGCCUUCUUCCGUUUCAACACCUGCACUGAACCGGCAAUCAACAAACCCGUUCGCUCGAUCACCAGGACAGAACACGUCGCCAUUUGCCCAAGCCUCCAAUUCACCUUUCCAACAACCUACUCAACAACAGCCACAACAACAAGCUGCUGCUUUACAGCCAACGCCAACUGGUACGAACCCCUUUGCUCGGCACUCGAUGCUGCCAGCGCAAACCCAAGAACAGCAGCGACCUCAAACGGCGGGAGCGGCUCUUGUUGCUCAACCUACUGGCAGCACAAAUCCGUUCCGUCAUGGCGCCUUUGUAAACCACGCUACAGGCACGGGAUGGCAACACAAUCAAGCACCGAUCGGAGGUGGCCUCGAUCAACUCGAAACAGUGCCCGUGUUCCCCCGACCUGCGCAGCAGACCCCCUGGCAGCAAUAA